AUGCGCGAGCCGCCGCCUCGCCGCCGUCUCCGCGCGGCGUCGGCGAACGCCCUCCUCGCGCUGCUCCUCGCGUCGAUCGCGUGGUGCUCGUACGUGGCGUACGACGACGACGGCGCGAUCGACGACGGCGCGUGGCACGGCUCGGAGUCGCACGCGUCGUGGCACUCGGGCCCGCCCGAGACGACGACGACGACGACGACGACGACGACGACGACGACGACGCCGACGGGGUGGUACCGCGAGGUCGCGGGCCCGCUCGCCGCUGCGGACGACGCGGGGACGCGCUCGGGCGACGCGGCGAAGGAGGAGGGGGAUGGGGGGGAGGAGGAGACCGACGGCGUCGCCGACGACGCGCGCGGGGACGACCGGGGGGGCGCGUCGGAAGAAGACGCGCCAUCGCGAGCGGUCGAUCCGUUCGAAUCGCUCGACCCGCGCGAGCUCGUGCACGCGACGUUCGUGUCCGACGGAUUCCACGAGUUCAUGCUGAACUGGCACGCGCACGUGAAACGCCUCGGGAUACGAAACGUCGUCGUCGCGGCGUUAGACGAGGCGACGUACGCGACGUGCGCGCGGCACGCGAUCGCGUGUUACUCGCAUCGUUCGCUGCGAUACACGCACGGCGUCGUCGCCACCGGGGGGUCGCCGUUGCACGACGCGAACGCGUCGGUAACGCUCAACGCGACGGCGUUUCAACAGAUAGGCGCCCUAAAAACGCAGUUCUUAUUGACGUUACUGAAACGAGGGCUGCGCGUCCUCGUCUCGGACGUGGACGUCGUGUGGUUGCGAGACCCGGCGGAGUCGUACUUCGACGCGACGGACGGCGCGGCGACGGCGGCGGCGGCGGAUAUCGCCGUCAGCACCGACUGCCUCUCCGCGAUCGACGAGGCGAAAACCCGCGGCUGCUGGCACAUGCAGUUCAACACGGGAAUCAUGUACGUCAACCCGACGGAGACCGCGAUGGCGUUUGUAACGGCGUGGGGUGAGGCGUUACGCGCGACGACGCACGCGUUCGAGCACGACCAGGACGUCUUCAACCGGCUACUUAGGACCGAGGUGCGUUCUCCUCACACUGGUCCCCAUACGACCGCGUUCGCGUGGUGA